UUUUCACUUUUUUGUUAUUGUGCUGUGCUGCCGAACCUUGCAAAGAUCUGUGAAAAAGCCACGCGCUGCCGUCGCCGCCAAAAAAGAAGAAAAGCAGAGUCGGUGAACCAAAGAAAAGAAACCGCUGCGAUAAACGGGAAAACCGAAAAUUUAACGCUUUUAUUUAAGCAUUUUCCCCGAUUCGCUAGUGUCUGUGUAUGCGUGUGCGUGCGUGAGCGUCAGCCUGCGUGAGUGUGUGUGUGUUUUUUUUUCCUCUUUUGGUGUGUGCCUUUUUUUUGUACACUUCUGUGGAGACGCGCUCUUUUUUGUGGUAGACGGGCGGAAAAGAAGAAAAACCAAAGAGAGAGCUACCAUACAAGAAAAAAAUAAAAAGCAGGCAAAAUCCCAAUGUGAAAAGUUUCUUAAUUAAGCAGUACAAGAUGUACAUUUGUGUGUACAAAAUGGAAACAUAGAAAAAGGAGCAGCGGCAGCAGCAACAACAACAAGUAACGAAAAACGGCAAAAAUUUUUGUUUGCCUCUCUCUCUCUCUUUUGCUGCCUGUGUCGUGUGUGUGUGUGUGUGUGCGCGUCGCAUAUCGACGUCCCUCUCCACCAACAACAACAACAAAGAGAAAAAAAGGAAUAAAGUGAAACAUGUUUUUCUGUGGCAGCAACAACAACAGAGGCAGCUGCAACAACAACUCCGAAAAUGUUUGGAAUAAUGUCUAACGAAAACAACAACACAACAAAUCCGAAAGCCUGGAAAUAAAAACAAACGGUGAAAAUUUAAUCAAGCAACAACAACAACAUCAUCAGCAGCAGCAAGCAGUACAGUUUUGUAAACAAAGCGUUUCGACAAUUAUUGAAUAUUAUUAAAUGUAAAUGUAAAUGUAAAAAUAAAGCGAAUAAUAAAAGUGCUGAGAUAUGAUUAAGCAAAAUGUUGAGAAAAGCGGCAACCAAAAAUUACCAUAAAAUUAAAACAACAUUAACUUGAGGAAAUCGAUAAGGAAUAGCAAAGAAAUCGAUAUUAAUCCACCAAAAAACGCAGUAGAAAGCCAGAUCGGGCUUUCUUCUCAAAUUUCCCUCGUACGUGUGUGUGCGUUCGCGUGUGUGUGUGUGUUUUGUUUUCAUUAGAGCACACACACACGCUCCCGUUGUGUGGGAGUGUGUGCAAUUACAAUGCUAAACGGUAAAUAAACGGAAAGAGCAAUAACAACAACAACAGGAGAAGGAGUAAUACACAUACCGACGUGUUUUUGUUUUGUUUGUUUCAUAAAUGUUUGACAAUUACACUGCAAAAAAUAAAAAUAAACGGCAAAGCAAAUCCAACAAAAGACUAAAAACUUGUGUUCAUAAUUUUAAAAUAAACAAAACAAAACAAACAACAAAAAGUAUUCGACCCAUAAAAAUAUAUACGGAAAUAUAUAUAUUAACCAACAACACAUGCAAAUUUAUAUAUUAACUGGUACUCACGAAAAAGAUGCAACAACAACGACACAAAGGAUAACGAAAAGAAUAAAAAAAUACACAAACAACUAUUUAUUUAUUGAAAACAAAAUCACAAACAACCAAAAUCGGACAAAAACAAAAUUUCAAUCUAUCCAAAUAGCAUGAACAAAUAACGCAAUAUAUAUAUAUAUACACAUACACCGAUAUAUAUAUUUAUAUAUAUAUAUAUAUAUAUAAACACAAGUAUAUAUAUGUCAAGUACAUAUAGAGUAAAAUAUAGGAAUAAACAAAUCAAAGUAACGAUUCAUUUAUCAGCGCAAAACCAACAAACAUCAGCCCCAUGUAUAGAUUAGAGGAUACGAAUAGCGGCGGCGUUAUGGAUAAGAAUAAACAGAAACUAUCCGCUUAUGGGUCCAGCGGAGGCAGCGUCGCCGUCGACGCAGCCCAGGGCAGCGGGGGCGGAAGACAGCGCCACGCCCCCCUCUACGGACGCUUCGUCGUCGAAGAGGAUCUGCCUGCCACGCACCGGGAUGUAAUGCACCAUCACUCUAGUCCCUCGUCUUCGUCGGAGGUGCGCGCCAUGCAGGCCCGUAUUCCCACCCACUUUCGGGACCCCUCCUUGGGACCUUUGCGCAAGCUGAGCGUCGAUCUGAUAAAGACCUACAAGCACAUCAACGAGGUUUACUAUGCGAAAAAGAAACGCCGUGCCCAGCAGACACAAGGCGAUGACGACUCGUCCAACAAAAAGGAGCGAAAACUUUAUAACGACGGCUAUGACGACGAUAAUCACGACUAUAUAAUCAAGAAUGGCGAAAAGUUUUUGGAUCGUUACGAGAUCGACUCGCUGAUCGGAAAGGGCAGUUUUGGUCAGGUGGUGAAGGCUUACGACCACGAGGAGCAGUGCCACGUGGCGAUCAAGAUAAUUAAGAAUAAGAAACCGUUCCUAAACCAGGCACAGAUCGAGGUCAAGCUGCUCGAGAUGAUGAACCGGGCGGAUGCCGAAAACAAAUACUACAUCGUUAAGCUCAAGCGGCACUUCAUGUGGCGCAACCACCUGUGCCUGGUGUUUGAGCUGCUCUCAUACAAUCUGUACGACCUGCUGCGGAACACCAACUUCCGGGGCGUUUCUCUGAACCUCACGCGCAAGUUCGCCCAGCAGCUGUGCACCGCACUGCUCUUCCUCAGCACCCCCGAACUGAACAUAAUUCACUGUGAUUUGAAGCCCGAGAACAUCCUGCUGUGCAACCCGAAGCGCUCGGCGAUCAAGAUCGUUGACUUUGGCAGCUCCUGCCAGCUGGGACAGCGGAUCUACCACUACAUACAGUCGCGCUUCUACCGCUCGCCGGAGGUGCUGCUGGGCAUCCAGUACGACCUGGCCAUCGACAUGUGGUCGCUGGGCUGCAUCCUGGUGGAGAUGCACACCGGAGAGCCGCUCUUCUCCGGCUGCAACGAGGUGGACCAGAUGAACAAGAUCGUCGAGGUGCUGGGCAUGCCGCCCAAGUAUCUACUCGACCAGGCGCACAAGACCCGCAAAUUCUUCGACAAGAUCGUGGCCGAUGGAUCCUAUGUGCUGAAGAAGAAUCAGAACGGAAGGAAAUACAAGCCGCCAGGAUCCCGCAAACUCCACGACAUACUCGGUGUGGAAACAGGCGGGCCAGGAGGCAGGCGUCUGGAUGAGCCGGGCCACUCCGUUUCCGACUAUCUCAAGUUCAAGGAUCUGAUCCUGCGCAUGCUCGACUUUGACCCCAAGACCCGGGUCACGCCCUACUACGCCCUGCAGCACAACUUCUUCAAGCGCACGGCCGACGAGGCGACCAAUACGAGCGGCGCAGGCGCCACAGCGAACGCAGGAGCCGGUGGCUCCGGAUCCAGCGGAGCAGGCGGAUCCAGUGGCGGAGGCGGUGCCGGUGGCCUAGGAACGAGCAGCAGCAGUAGCGGAGCGGUCUCCUCAUCCAGUGCAGCGGCUCCGACGGCGGCGACAGCAGCGGCCACGGCCACGGGAUCAACUGGUUCGGGAUCGAACGUCGGCACAGGAUCCUCCGCGGCGCAGCAACAGCAGGCGAUGCCGCUGCCCUUGCCCCUGCCGUUGCCACUGCCGCUGCCACCACUCGCGGGUCCUGGCGGUGCGUCGGAUGCCCAGUGUCACGGCCUGCUUAUGCACUCGGCGGCAGCCAACGCGAUGAACAACUUCUCCGCUCUGAGCCUGCAGCCCACCGCCCAUCCGCUGCCCUCGCUGGCGAACAGCCAUCACAGCAGCAACAGCCUGGGCAGCCUGAACCACAUUAGUCCCGGCAGCAGCAGCAGCAACAGUGCGCGCCACGGUCGCCUGUACGGCGGCAACAUGGUGGGGCACCACAACAGCAACAACAGCAACAGCAACAUCAGCAACCACAACAGCAUCAGCUAUCCGCACGCCAUGGAAUGUGAUCCGCCGCAGAUGCCACCGCCGCCACCGAAUGGCCACGGAAGGAUGCGUGUGCCGGCGAUCCUGCAGAUGCAGCCGAACAGCUAUGCCCCCAGUUCGAUGCCUUACUACGGCAACAUGUCCUCAUCGUCGGUGGCUGCGGCGGCAGCAGCUGCAGCAGCGGCCUCCCACCUGAUGAUGACCGAUUCGAGUGUGAUCAGCGCCUCGGCGGCAGGCGGUGGCCAGGGUGGCGGCAAUCCCGGACCGAACCCGGUGCCGUCGUCGGCUGCCGCCUUUCUUUUUCCAUCUCAGCCCGCCGGAACGCUCUAUGGAACGGCGCCCGCCUCGCUGAGCGAGUUGCCGCUGCCAUUGCCGCCUCUGCCGCUGCCAAUGCCACUGCCCAUGUCCAUGCCUCUGCCCCUGCCCCUGCCACUGCCGCCCUCGUCGUCGUCAUCCUCCUCCUCCGCUUCGGGAGGGGGAUCAGCGGGAAUGGGUGUGGGCGUCGGCGUUGGCGUCGUUGGCCAACGGCGGCACAUCAGCGGACCCGCCUCGCAGGUCGGCAUCUCUCAAAAUGCCGGUGGCGGCAGCAAUUCGGCCACCGGAGCCAGCAGCAGCGAUGCCUCCUCGUCGUCGCCCAUGGUGGGCGUUUGUGUUCAACAGAAUCCUGUAGUUAUACAUUAGCAUAAACUGGGGAAGAAAAAGAGAAAACGUUAGUUGCCCUGCCCGCUUAAUAUACUUUUUUUUACACCCUUUGCCGCUCUCUGCUGCUAAUUAUCGCAUUGCCACCACCGCCCAAUCAAGGAACCACAGAAUCACCACCGCAGCAGAACCCUAGGUGGUCUAAAUCGUGGGUCUUAUAUCACUGGUAACUCCAGAGCAACGUAGCGCCUUUCUUAACACAAAAUGUAUUAUGUCUUGUUCUUAAUUGUGGUUUGAAAAGAUUAGGUUCAAGUGUUUUUGUUUUUGAUUGUAUACUGUUCUAAAUGUUUAAUUGAUUUCUGUCUUUAUUGUGUAACUUAAUAUGUUGGUUUUUUCUAAAAAUCUAUAAAAACGUUUUUCCAAGAUUCUGUGGAAGUUUUUAUAUGAUUGAUUAAACCAUUAUUUAUUUCUAAGAUUAUUUAAAAAUUGGAUUUCUUUAAUAUUGUGUCAAGAAAUCCGAAAAUUUUUGAAAAUAUACUUUUGUAAAGAUAAAUAAUUCUCUAAGUGGAAAGUUAACUAUAGCCGUAUCUGGACGUCGAAGAAGCAGGCAAACGCAAUCAAACUAUUUUCAAACUUACUGUUAAGUGGAUCUAAAAUCAUUAAUUGGGCUUUAAAAAACACUUUUAAUAACUUUAACUAUUUUGAGUGGGGAAAUUAAGAAAAAGGCUGGAUAAACGAAGCUUACGAUAGUAGGGGAUUUUCUUGUGAGAUAAGGCACCCGAUUUAAGUCACCACGCCACAGAUACACACACACACAAACUAUAUAUACAUUAACUUUAACUAGCUGAAAUUUACCCUCCAUAUACCCACGAAACCCACACAAAAACUCAUUCACCUGCGGUUUUUACUGAUUAGUCACUUCGCGCUCUCACCGCCGCGCCCACAUCACCGACCACGCCCCCAUUCGUCCUGGAUGAAGGCAGGGAUCCUGUGUGGGCGCCCCACUUGAAGGAUUUUGCAAAGCGUUUAUUUUUUUUACAUACUAGAACCUAUUUUUUUUUUUGGUCUAAUUAUAAUGUUUAAUUUUAUGCUGUAACCGUAACGACAUAACUUUACUUUAUAUAAACGAAUCAAAAUUAUACAUUAUUUAAUUGUUAAUUUAAAUUAUGUAAUUUUAUUUGACGAGAAAUCGCUAGUAAUAUAGAAAGCAAACAAAUGCUUAAUUUAAGCAAAA